AUGCGGCUCCCAUCCACGCUCCUCCUCCAGCUAGCCAGCUGGCUCCCCAAGCCCGGCCCCACCCCAGCAGCCGACGUCACCAACCAGAACGUCAUCCCCGCGGCCGCUUCCGCCGCCUCCGCCGCCGCCAUCGUCGAACCAUCACCACCACCACCCCAAUUCUCGUCACCACCACCACCACCACCAUCAACAAACUCCACGCUCCCCUCCCCCUCCCCAUCUCCCAACUCCCUCCCCACCUGCCCCUCCCUCUCCACCCCCCUCGCCCUCUCCACCCUCCCCUCCCUCUUUUCCCUUUCCCUCCCCACAUCCGACUCCACCCUCUCCCCCUCCGCCCUCACAUCCAUCGCCCAAAUCAAGCAAACCCUCACCCUCUACGCCCUCGCCAUCGACGGCCGCGACUUUAGCGCCCUCGACCGCGUCUUCGCCCCGGGCGCGUCGGCGCACUACGGGCCGCCCAUCGGCCGCGUCGCGGGGCGCGAGGCCAUCGAGGCGACGCUGCCGCCGCUCCUGACCGUGUACGCGGGGACGCAGCACGUCUUGGGGACGGUGGGGGUGGUGCUGUGCCAGGGUGGUGAGAGGGAGGGGGAUGGAGAGGGGGAAGAGAAAGAGGGCGCGGUGAGCGUGGCGUAUUUCACGGCGACGCAUUUUGGGAAGCAAGCGCCGAGGGAGGGGGAUGAGGGGGUGGGGGGCGCGGCGGGGUGGGAGGACGUGGUGGUUGCGUGGGGGCAGUAUCAGGAUCGGUGGGAGAAGGGGGAGGAGGGGUGGAGGAUCGUGCACAGGAAUUUGGUGUAUAUGGGUCCGUUUGUGUCUGGUGCUUGA